UGCCUCCUGAGCCUCACAAAAUUUGGUUGGUCAGAGUUGCAUCCCGGCCACUGGCCAGCCACGACGACGAAGCGGCGAGAAGCCGAGGCCAAACUACAAUUCAACACCUCUUCCUCUUCUUCUUCUUGCUGCUUCUUCUUCUUCUUCUGCCACUUGGUUGCUAUAUACACCAAGCUCGAUCACGAAACUAUCUUAGCUGCUGCUGCUGCUGCUGCGUUGGAGAAGAAGAGAGUGGCAGGGUGAGGAUGGCCGGGGUGCAGGUGAUGCCGGCGGUGGGGGCGGUGGCGACGGCGGAAGGGAGCUGCAGGGCGGCGGGGCAGAGGAGGGGCCGCGGCGUGAGCAGCUUGUUCGCCGGAGACUGGAGGCGGCGGCCUCGCCGGGCGGCGUGCACGGCCAGGGUCAGGGGCAGGAGGCAGCAGCAGCAGCAGCAGGGCCUCGCCGUCGUCUGCAACCUCGGUGGCACCUACGAUGAAGGUUUCGAGGACAUCCACGUGCAACUGAUUAAUGUGUUCACCUACAAAGCCGUCAAGACCGUGCUCACGCAGCUCUACGAAAUGAACCCACCAAGCUACCGAUGGUUAUACAACUUCGUUGCUGUAAACAAGCCUACCGAUGGCAAAGUGUUCCUUCGUGCUCUUGGAAAGGAGAAGCAGGAGCUUGCAGAGCGAGUGAUGAUAACUAGGCUUCACUUGUACAGCAAAUGGAUCAAGAAAUGUGACCAUGCGAUGAUGUACGAGAGGAUAUCUGACGAGAACCUGGCGUUGAUGCGAGAGCGGCUCAUGGAGACGGUCAUCUGGCCAACAGACGACACCAACACUGAGAAGAUUGGCUGAAAAAUAAUGCCUGAUCUGUCUGCCUGACGCAUACACUUCUUUUUGAGUUGCUCAACUUAAUUAAACUUUAGCUCGUUAGGUAGAGCAUUCUAAAUUAUUCCUGCUCGAUCGAGUCCGAUGUAUAUGUAUGUAUAUUAAGUGUACAAUUAAUGUACCAAGCCAGUGUAAUGGGUACAAAUUCAAGAUGCAUUCAGGGUUAAGUAUAGAUUAAGAUCUAGCUGAUAGCGUGUGGUUUAGUUUGGUCAUUUGGUGAGUGAAGUGAAGAAGCUGCAAACUGUUUGGUCCAUUUCAUCGACAGUGUACAAGUACAACGUAGCAACUAAUACUUGUAAUUUGGGUCAAGUUCGUCGACACAGUUUAUUUCAUGAGUUACAACUCUUGCUGUUGGUUCUAGAGAGGAUCUGGUAAAGUUUACAACA